GGGGGGCGCCGUGCCCAUUCUCUGUCAAAAGCUGCUGGAUAUACAAUUCAUUGACCUGGCUGAGCAAGCUCUAAGCGUAUGUCCAAUUUCAAAACUUCCCAGCUAUUUAUACAUACAGACAUCAGGUACUGACGCAUUUUGGCAUACUAGACUCUGGCAAAGAUAUCUGUGGACUUCCCUGCUUCAAUUGUGCGGGAAGGAGGUCUCACAGCCUGUCUCACAUAUCUUGAUUUUUUCCCCACCAGCACACAACGUACCGCCGUCACAACGGCUGCGAAUUGCUGCCGUAACGUACCGCAGGACUCGUUUCCUGUUGUCAAAGAUGUCAUGCCCAUACUACUAAAUGUGCUCUCAAGUAGCGACCAAAAGGUUGUUGAGCAGGGCUGCCUGUGCGUUUGCCGCGUGGUAGAAAGCUUCCGAUACAAGCCAGAGCAGCUAGAAGAAUUAAUUGAGCCGGACCUUCUAAGAGCUGUCCUUCGGUUACUCCUACCAGGCACCACAAACUUGAUCGGUCCACACAUUCAUACAUAUUUCCUCCGCAUCCUAGGAAUAAUAUGCAAAUCAAGCCCACGCCUGUCUGUCGAGCUCCUGAAAAUGAAUAUAGUAGAUACUUUGUAUCAAAUCCUCACAGGAGUUUCACCGCCUUCUGACGAAGGUAUUGGGCCGGCCAAGUCUGAUACCGUGCAUAUUAUGCAGGCUUUGAUCCAUCGGCCCCGCGAGCAAGUCUACGAAACCCUCAAUAUUGUUUAUGAGCUCCUCCCUGCUGCAUCAAAAGGAUCAGUUGUUCUUUUAGAUGACCAGCUGCGUUUCACGCUUGGUGGUGGACCCCUACCACUCUCGGUCACUCCCAAAAUCAAAGCCAUGGGUGAGAAGCGAUUGGAGCUGUUGAAACAAUGCCAGCCGGAAAUCAAACGGUUUGCCACAAUUCUCUUGCCGACCCUUACGGAUGUCUACUCUAGUACUGUGAACCUGAGGGUAAGGCAAAAGGUACUGUUGGCACAACUAAAGAUGGUCCAAGCCCUUGAUGUCAAUAUCAUAGAAGAAGCAUUGCGAUCUGUACCGUAUGCAUCUUUCUUGGCCGGUAUAUUAUCCCAAAAGGAUCACAUAUCUCUCGUCGCACUUGCUUUGCAAUGUGCGGAACUGUUAUAUGAACGACUGAGAGAUAUUUACCAAUAUCAAUUCCAUCGAGAAGGGGUCAUAAACGAAAUCAAAGCAUUAGCUACCGCAUCAGUACUGGGUAAAGAUGAUAAACCGGCAGAGGAGAAGUCCGGUUUGGUUCUCGGAUCAAAAAAUCAUCUUUCCCACGAUGAUGGUGUGAACCACGGACACGAUAACGACAGUGGGAAUGAACAUGAUAUUCAAGAUGACAUCCACGAUCAUGAGGAUGAGAGUAAUGAUGAGGAUGAGUUUAAUGGGGACUAUCCUGACGAUCCAGAGCACCAUGAUGAACAUGAACAUGAACAUGAUGACGCUUCAGACAGCGAAGCAUCCUCGAUUGUUCAUCCUCCUGCUCAAUCUCUUGACCACACUCUCCAAGACCUUAUAACAAACGGUGCCAAACAUUUCCUUGAACUCUACGAAGAGAGCAAGACAGCUGGCAUGCAUGAAAAGGCGGAAGUCGUACUAGCUACCCUCCGUGGCCUCACUGAGAAAAUCGAGGAUUGCUACAAAGCUCCUGUUGUGGGGAACAGGGGCUUCAAGCUCUUUUCUAAGCUUGCAGCCUAUUUUGAUCAAAAUGCCCUUGACAGCAUCACAAGUUAUGAACUAUUGAAUUCUGGUAUCAUUCGUGUGCUUGUUGACGUCAUUGAGAACUCAAAAGGUCAAGCUGGUGCAGACUUCCUGAAGGCAUUCAAGUGCUCACAGUCGCCUCUAAAGCACAGCUCCGAGCGCAAAUCUGCAUUCGGUGCCUUUAUCCACCAACUUCAAGACCUCCUUAGUCGUACCGAGAAUUUUGAGGUUGUUACUGUCCACCAUAAUGCAUUUGAUAGCAGAAGUACCCUAUCCAUGCUGUCAAAGCAAAUCCGGCUCCGAUUGGUAGCUGAGGAGGGUUCAAAUAUACCCAAGCCGUAUAAGAAUAUGAUGGUUUCUAUCCAUGCCAUUGCCAAUUUCAAGACCUUGGAUGACUACCUUCGCCCAAGAAUAAGUCUCUCUGAGCGUCCGCGACAUUCUCGACAUCGCGACCCAACCUUCCCACAUCUCUCUGGCGGUACAAACCCGCAGGACCCGGAAUCAGCUAGCCGGGGAAGUGAUACUGGAUCCCCCCACUUGUCCGACUUCCCAUCAUAUCGAUUGCCAACUGGGCGAGAUAGCUCCAAUGGAACCAGUUCCAGAGGAACAAAUAAAGGAAGAUCAGCUCGCCCCUCAACACUCCAGGGUUCAGGUAAUGGAGAACGUGAAGGUGUGGGACGUAGGCGCUCAGCUCGGCAUCAGCCUCCACCGCCGCCCAUGGAAAGUGAUGACACUGAUGGGCCGUUAGAGUGCGCUGAUGAACCAAACGGUAGUGACGAUGAAGAAGAUGAUGAAGAAGGUGAUACCCUCGACACCAUUGUGGAUGACAUUGAUAACGAUCUAUCGGAAGAUGAUGUUCCUGACCCGUCAGCCGUCAAUAUGGAGGUUGCGUCUACUGGCAAGGUGACUGCGAGAAAGGAGGAUGGCACAAGAGUCUCUACUCCUUCCCAGUCCACCCCCGUAGCCAAGUCAUCGACAGCAUCCCUCGCAAGGUCGAGCCCCCCAUCAUUUAGCCGGUCUCUUUCCAUGGCUGGCAGGUCCUUCACAUCAUAUGCCGCUGCAAUGCUAGCCAUGCCUCAAGACUGGCAUAUCGAAUUCGUUGUGAAUGGGAAACCCAUAACAAAUGACACUACCAUCUACCGUGCCGUCCAGUGCAAUCAAGCCAAUGAUAACAGCUCGCCUGCUAGAAAUGUUUGGUCGACUGUCCACACUAUCUAUUUCAGGCGAGCUCAGGGGCCACCGCCGCCCGAGCCAACAACACUUACUCCUGCCUCUAAUGUGUCUGCCAUGGUUGACGACGUUGACAUGCCAGAAUCCCUCAAUAACGUUCCAACAACAGCAUCAAUUCUUCGACUCCUUCGAGCUUUGCACAAUCUAAAUUCUCAGUCAGAUGACGAGUUGGCAAACGACAGCGGAGUGAUUGGAAUUGCACCAGAACCCCCGUCGCAAUUUAUCAACACAAAACUGACCGCAAAACUUAAUCGGCAGCUUGAAGAACCUCUGAUAGUGGCAAGCAGCUGUUUGCCUAGCUGGAGUGAAGACCUCGGCCGUCAUUUUGCCUUCCUUUUCCCAUUCGAAACGCGACAUCUCUUUUUACAGUCUACGUCUUUUGGCUACGCUAGGUCCAUGGUUCGCUGGCAAGGCGCUCAGUCAAAUGACGAUGGCCAGCGAGAGCGCCGAAGAGAUGACCGUGCCUACAGCGGCCGCCUUCAGAGACAAAAGGUACGAAUCUCACGGACACGCAUUCUUGAGUCAGCUAUGAAGGUCCUCGAGCUGUACGGUUCAUCGCCAAGUGUUCUGGAAAUCGAAUACUUUGAGGAAGUCGGAACCGGGUUGGGGCCUACACUUGAGUUCUAUUCCACGGUCUCCAAAGAGUUCGCUAAGCGCAAGCUGAAGCUAUGGAGAGAUUCGGAUGCCAGUGGUGACGGAGAAUACGUUGACAAUAAAUUAGGACUUUUCCCAGCACCGAUGAGUCAAGAGCAGGUUACACAGGAAGCAGGAAAGAAGCAGCUACAGUACUUCAAAGCGCUAGGCAAAUUUGUCGCCCGCUCCAUGCUCGACUCGCGUAUUAUUGACAUUGGAUUCAACCCAUUAUUCUUCAGUGUUGGCCGAGGCGCAUACACCAAGAAGCCCCCAUCCAUUGGCUCCGUGAAGCGAGUAGAUGCAGAGCUUGCGAAUUCUUUGAGGUUUCUGAAGAAAUUUGCCGACCAGGCAGUUGCUAUUAAAGCAGAUGCUUCUCUAUCGGCAGCGGAAGCGGCUUGUGCAAUGGAGCAAUGUGAAAUCGACGACACCAAACUCGCAGACCUCGGCCUUGAUUUCACAUUGCCUGGAUACCCACACAUUAAACUGAUACCUAAUGGCCAGGACACGCCUAUUACUAUGUCAAAUGUCGGGCUAUACAUUGACAGGGUCAUCGAUAUGACGCUUGGAACUGGGAUAAAGGCACAGCUUGAUGCAUUUGCCGCUGGAUUUUCUCAAGUAUUCUUAUAUUCAUCAUUAAAGACCUUUACACCCGAUGAACUGGUGAUGCUUUUUGGCCAGGUUGAUGAAGAUUGGUCUAUCGAAACCCUCAUGGAUUCUAUCAAGGCCGACCAUGGAUUUAACAUGGAUAGCAGAAGUGUUCGAAACUUGCUCGCAACCUUGAGCGAGUUCAACCUCCAACAACGCCGCGACUUUUUGCAGUUCGUCACUGGAAGUCCCAAGCUCCCUAUCGGUGGUAAGUAAACAGUUCUCUCAUUACAUCCCCCACCUCAAUCUCCCCGUUGCUUCUUUCUCUUCAAGUGUGACUGACCAUGACAUCUACAAUAUAGGCUUCAAAGGUCUCACGCCAAUGUUUACUGUGGUCUGCCGGCCAAGUGAACCACCCUACACCCCGGAUGACUAUCUCCCCAGUGUCAUGACCUGCGUGAACUACUUGAAGUUGCCAGACUACUCCUCUGCCGAGGUUCUCCUCAACAAACUCAGCAUCGCAAUGCGCGAAGGACAAGGCGCAUUCCACCUUUCUUAAAAAGAGACCCUUAACAUAACCUUUAUUACAUUGCCUGAUUUUACAUUACUUGUCCCUGGAAACAACAGCAUAGUAAAUAAUUCUCUAUCAUCAUCCCUGCCGAACUACAACUCUUUUCACGAAAUUCUUUUCUCUUUUGAUUAGAAUCUUACACCACCACUUGCAAGAAAAUGACUUUUCCAGCACAAAAUGGAUUGAACGGGAUUGGCCGAACGCGUAAUGUUAUGC